AUGGCGCCGCCCCAGGAGGGGGAGCAGUGCGGGCGGCCGGCCAGCAGCGUGUUGAUUUGGGUGGUGACGGUGCUGCUGCUCCUCGCCGUGCUCGGCGGCGGCGGGUGCCUCGUGGCCUACGUCCUGCUGCCGCCGAGCGAGGCGCCCGGAUGGAUCCCCUGCGUCGGCCUGGGCCUCGUGGCGCUCCCCUGGGCGUUCUGGCUCGCCACCGUCGCCUACCGGUGCAUCACGGCGCGCUCGGCCGACCGCGCCGUGGCGCCCGCGGCCGCCGGCAGCUAA